GGCCGAGUGUAUCGGCCGCGCAGCUGUCAGUCUUCCCUGGGUGUGCCGCCAUGUCGGAGGUUGCCUCGGGGCUGGCCAGGCGGGCGUACUGGUUGUGUGCUAAGCGUGGCUGCAGUGCUUGGAACUGGUGUGACAAGCGGUGGACUUGCAAGGCGUGCGGCACCAGUGCUCCCCCAUGGACGAAGGAGUAUCGCUCUGACAAGCCCCCCCCGCGGGCGGACGCAGACGGGUUCGUGCAGCAGCCCAGGGGAAGGGCUGAGCAGCGCGCUGCGAGGCGCUCGGCCUCCCAGCGGGCCCUCUCGGGGAGCACCGCGCCCAGCAGCGCCCCCAACAGCAGGGCGCGGCGCGCGCGGCCUUGGGGAGAGGCCAAGACGCAGAACGAGGAGCUGCAGGCGCAGCUCGAUGCGGCCAGGGAGCGCGUCGCCACGCUCCAGGGGGCUUCGGCGCUCGGGCUCUCCGUGGACUUCCAGCGUGAGGCGGAGAACGCCCUCCAGCAGGGCAAGGACCAGGUCGCCGCCCUGGAGCGGUCCGUCCAGGAGGCCCAGCAGACGGAGCGCCCGCCUCACUCGGUGCUCCACAUUGAGGCCAACGCCAUCCAGAAGGUCGAGCGCCAGUUGGCCACGGCGCGUACCAGGAAGGAGAAGCUCCAGCUGCAGGCGUCCGAGCUGCGCGAGCUCAUCGCGGAGAAGCAGGAGCAGCUAUCGGCAGCCGAGUUGGGGGUUGAUGAAGUCACUGGGCAGAUUGCAGAGCUGGAAGAGACCAGGGCCAAGGUCACUCAGCAGGCGAUCCAGCGGGCCAGCGCAGCGGUCGGAGGCGUGCCGAGCCCGCUUGGGGACGCAGUCCAGGGGCUGCUCUCUCAGGUUGGCGCCCUUUCGGAUCUCCUCAAGCAGCACGGCGCCGACCUGCCGCCCAGGUUUUCGGAGAUCGUCGAGAUUCUCAACACGCAGAAGGAGGCGGUCGCUGACGUGCUCAGGCCCCGAAGCAGCUCGGUCAGGAAGCGUUGGGGCGACAGCGUCGGUGACGACGGCCUCGCGACCGAGGAUGACGACAUGCCGCUCGACAUCGUGGCCCCAGGUGGGCCCGCGGCCGCCCCUCCCGCGGCCGCCCCGCUGGCAGGGCCGACCGCGGCUGGGCCGCCAGCCGCGCGAGUCAGGCCAGCGGACGGACCCUACGGCCCAGCAGCGGCCCGUGGCCAACACGGGGCUACCCUGGGCGCGUGGCCUCAGGUGGAGCCCAGCCUCACCAAGGCCCUCGCCGAGCAAGGGGCGGCCUUCACGGACGGCGACCCCUUGCGGCGGGCGGCGCCGAGCACCCUCGCCCGGGGUAGCCAGCCGGCGCGGUCGGGAUCACCGAGGAGCACAGCGGGCCCCGUGUCUGACGCUGAUGGGCGGGCCGCUCGCGAGGCAGCUGUCAUCGGCAAGGCGCCGCAGGUCGGCAGGGCAGGAGGCCAGCAGCUUAGAGCCGGCCUCGUCAUGUUCGGCUGCAACGGCAACGCUUGGAGCAGGAGCAUUGAAGCCCUCGAGGCCUUCUUCAAGGCGUACGACUACUGGCCUGACGUCGUGGCGCUGCAGGAGACGAGGCUCCUGCGUGCGCGCCUGGCCAGUGCUGCGGCUCAGGCCCGCGGCCUGGGCUACGCGGCCUUCCUCCACGAGGCGGCGCCGACGGAGAAGCAAGGGCCCCAGGCGACCUCAGGCGGCGUGGCGAUUCUGGUGCGAGACGGCUUGCAGGCCGACGAGUCGGCGUGCCCUUUGCCCUCGGCCUUGCGCCACCGCCUCAUCGGGGUGGAGGUCGCCGCUGCCUCGGGCUUUCGGGUCCUGGUGCUGGCUGGGUACUUUCAGCACUCUGUGGGCCCUCGAGGCACCAACCUGGACUUGUUUUCGGCCAUCUCGGAGGUGACGGGCUUUUCUGCCGACAUCCCGUGGGUCCUCCAAGCCGACUUCAACAUGGAGCCCGAGCCACUGGAGGAAUUGGGGUGGCCCGCUGCGGUGCGGGGGCAUGUCCUGGGGCCCUCGGAGGCGACGUGCCAUGCCGAGGGAUGUGACCACCUCUACGACUGGUUCGUGGCUUCCUCGGCGUUGGCAGCCUGCACGGCCUCCUGCGCCACCACGCUCGAGGGCUUCGGUCUGCACCCUCAUCGCCCUGUCCUGCUUCGUCUCCAGGACGUUCGGGCAGAUGCGUUGGUGGAGGUUCCGUCCAGGCCCGCACGCUUCCCCGAAGUUGCUCCUGAGCUCCUUCGGGCGCGCGAGGACGCGGAGAUUGCGUGCUACUCGGUUGGCAAGAAAGGACAGGUCACGCCCAGGAGCGUUGCGUGGUCCUGGGACGCAGGCACUUCGCCGACCAACCUCUCCGACGCCUUCAGCGAGUGGGCUGCGGCGGCAGAAGGCACCCUGGUCGGCAUCCACGGCAUCGUCCAGGCCGACUUGGCCCGUCAUCUCGGCAGAGGAGAGGGGCCGCGGCUGACCCUCAAGCCCCUCAGUGCCUUGGUCAAGCGAGACGCCAGGUUCAGGUUCAUCCUCCUCACGCACCGCCUGCGGAGCUGCCUGGACGUUGCCCUCCAGCGGCUGCGCGCUGAGAGGACUGGCCGCUGGCACCCUCGGCAUGCAGACUGGUACGGGCACCAGGCCGGGCUCAGGGCGCAGCUCUUGCUGGAGGCGGUGCAGGAGGCCGCCGACUCGGACGGUGGAGCUCUUCCUGGCGCAGCUCCUGAUCGACUGGGCGACCUGGUGUUUCAGGCGGGCGUCCACGGCAGCCCUGAUGCCGUUCGGGACCUCCAAGGGCUGCUCGGAGCAUCGCAGCGCCGCGACGCGGCGGAGAGCGCCCAGGCCUGGCGCAACUGGGCGCAGACAGCGGUUGAGAAGGGCGGUCGUCUGGCCCACCGCUUCUCGAAGGCGACGCCGCCGCCGACGGUCAGGGACGCUGACUCUGGCAGGAGGCUCGUUGGGAUGGCAGCGAUCGGCGAGCUCACGAGUGUCUGGCAGAAGCUGUGGCUCCAGGACGGCUUUGCCCUGGGUGCUGGGGCCAGCAGCUGGGACGUUGGCGAGUGGCGGCUGCCACCCAUCUCGCUGGAGCAGCUCCAGGCGGCCUGCAAGCGCUACAGCCCCUCGGUGGGGCUCGGGAUGGUCCUCGCGGCGGGCAUGGCUUCCCCCGCCUUCGGCACUACGGGUACGGUUCUGGCUGGGUGUGCGUGUGCGACAGCAGUUGCGAAGCUCCCAGUGCUGGGCGCCCUCCUGGCCGCGGGGGCGAUGUGCCCAUUGAUCACGCCGCGGAACGUUGUCGACGACAUCUCGCUCCAGGCGGUCGGCACGGCCCGACUAGUCAAGCGUCGGAUGUUGGUUUCCAGCUGUGAAGUGGUCCGCCUGCUGCGUGAGCAGCACCUCCCACUCAACGAGAGUAAGUCGGUCUUCCUGGCCUCGUCGCCACAGCUCGCCAAGGAGCUCUCCGAGGCGUGGGCAGCGCAGGGCCUGGCCUUCAAGAGGGGACUGCAGGCGAGGAACCUCGGCACCGACGCCAACAUCACUCGUCGAGGCGUGCAUGAAGGAGCUGUGCGUGCGGUCGGCGGCCUUCGGCGUGGCCGCAGGCUCGGGGUGCUUCGCUCCGCUGGGGCGGCGACCGAGAUGGUCCACCGUGCUGGGCCCACCGCAGCGAUGCUGUGGGGGCGUACUGUGACUGGUGUGCCUGAUGGGGAGCUACAUUCGUGGCGCUUGGCGGCGGCGCGCUCGGCUGGGAAGCUCCCCAAGGGCGCCUCACUCGGGCUGAGGCUCAGGGCGGAGGAGGUCAUGCGGUCCAUCGACCUCGACCCGAGCCCCGCGUUGCUUCGUGCCGCUGUGCAGAUGGCGGCCAGCCUCCUGCAGUCGGGGGAGGUCUCGCAGCGCAUGUUCGAGACGGCCGUGCAGGAGGCGCAGUGGAGGCACGCGGGAGCAGCAGCCCCAUGGGCGCAUUGCCGUACGCCAGUGGAUGCCCUGGCUCUCUCGCUCACCAGGGUGGGCUGGAGACUCGUCCAAGGCACCUGCCUCGCCACCGACGACGGCCACUUCCUGGACCUGCGCAUGAUGGGGCCGCGCGAGCUGGGCCUGCUGGCAGCGGCAGGGGCGCGGCGUGCUUCGGACAGGUCGGAGCUGGCCCGCCUAGGCCAUGGAGCGCUCCCCCCGAUGCCCCUGUUCUGGGAGGCCUUCUCGGAGGUCCUCGGGUCGGGCAGCAAGCUCAGCCCCAGGGAGAAGGCGGCGGUGGUGAGUUUCCUCUCCAACGCCCACUGGCCCCAGAUCCGUCUGCACUCGGCGGGGGAGAGGGAGCAUGCUCGCUGCUGCGCAUGCGAUGCACCCCGCGGCAGUCUCUGGCACAGGCUGUUCGAGUGUCCCGUCCUCGCGGGGCCGAGGCGCGACUCGACCUCCGACCGCCUGCGGCGCUGUGCACACCGUGCACGUGGCCGAGGUGAGGAGGCGGGGGAAUGCUUUGCGCGCUGCUGGCUCCCUCAGCCCCCGAGGGCCGCUCUGAGGUCGGAUGCCAUGGCUGUCAUGUGGUGCAAUCGCCCCGUUGACGGUCUCCUCGGGGGGCGCCUCUACCUGGAUGGGUCGGCGCUCGACCCCGAGCACGCGAGCCUGCGGCGUGCGGGCUGGAGCAUCGUGCAGUGCGACUCCGACGGCAACAUGGAGUGCGCGGUGUACGGCAGCGUGCGCCAAGACCUCUGCCCUUUCCAGUCGGCCAAGGACGGUGAGGAUUUCGCGGUCUGGAUGCUGUCCCGCUUCCUGGGCCCGUGUGUGGACGAGAUCCUCAUCGAUUGUGCGUCUACGGUCAGCUGCAUGACGUUGGGCAAGAAGUACGCGACGGCAGCCAACAAGCCCAAUGCCCAUCUCUGGGCGGGGAUCUACGCUUCGCUGGACGUGGACAUGCUUAAGGUUACCAAGGUGGCAGCCCACUGCACCGCCCGUGACGUGCUGGAUGGCAAGAUCACGGAGGCGGACCUCCGCGGCAAUGGUCAUGCCGACCGCUGGGCCAAGGCAGGUGCGGCGCUGCACCGCUUCAGCCCCGUGGCCAGGCGGGAGUUCUUCGGCACGAUGGAGGUGGUGAGGGAGCUCUCAUGCUGGGUGGCGCAGGCCUCCCUCAUCUGGCAGGGGAUCGAGGUCAAGGACUGCGAGGGCCUGCCAGAGGGCAGCGAGCGGAGGGCUGUUUCCUUCGCCGCGCCCGUGGCGGAGCCUGCCAGGCGCCGCCAGGUCGACUCGGGUUCGGGCGACGGGUGGGCCUCGGCGGCGCGCGCUGGUGGAGUAUCCCUCGGUGCGACGGCCUUCGUUUUCGCUGGCCACGUCCUGGCCUUCGCCAGGUGCGGGGAGGGCGCCGCCGAGCAGGAGCUGAUGGCGUGCACCCACUGCGGGGCGUACGCGCGGCUUGGCGGGCGCUCAGGCGCGGCACCCAAGCUCAAGGAGCAAUGCCCAGGGUCUGCAGGGCUCCCCAAGGGCAGGCGCGACCAGAAGGCACGCUGGCUGCAGGGGCGGCACCCUGCUGGCACGCCCCACAGCGGCAACAAGCGGGCCAGCGGCGCGGCGGUGCCCAGCCUUCGCAAGGAGGACGUGGUGCCGAUGGACGCCAGGGUGCGCUUCCUGCAGUGGCUGGGCGUCCGUCCCGAGGACGGUGCCCCUGGCGGCGAUGCCGCCGGCGCCAGCCGCGGGCCCCCCAGCGGCGCGUCGGCCGCUGGCGAGGCUGCGGCGGCGCCGCUGGCAUGGCUGAGCGCCUACGGCCUGGACGAGGCGAGCCUCCUCGAGUGGUCGGCCGCGGCAGAGGCGGCGCGCGAGGACAGGCGCAAGCGGCGCCGCCGCGCUGAUGAAGACGAGGGGUCGUGA